UGUCGAUGUGAAGGUCGAUCUUUUUCUUUCAGUUUUCCAUACGUAUUUUACGAGGUGUUUCUUCACAUUCUUUGAUAUAACAGCAAAUAUCGGUCUAUAUCAAAAUUGAUUCGGCUUAUUUUUUCCCUCACGAGUUGAAAUGUGUUUAUUUUAAGUGGAAAUUGAGAAAUUCAAGAUAUUCUUUUUCAGUUUUUUUCAAGAAAAAAAUUAAAUCUGACAACUAAGCUUAUAACUCACUUCAUGCCGUGGUAAAGCACAAUUUAAAAGGUUAAGUUCAACCAACAUAUUUCUCAUUUUUGAUUAUUUCCGACAAUUCCUCCAUUUCAUCAGAUAUCUUCGUUGAAAAAAUGGCAAAUGCAACAAAGGUACAAGAAUACAAAGAUAGUGUGAUAAAACAAGCUGAGGAAUUGGUUAUGCAUGGCUUUCCCGAAACAAUCGUCAAAUUAAAUAACUUACUGGACACCCCAAGUUUUAAAAACAGAAAGUUUGAUGAAGUACAUCAAAGUUUGAACAUAGCUGUACCAGAUCCUAUCGUUCUUAAUAGCCAUACCGACUUGCCGCCAGCAAAAAAAACGAAAUAUGAUAAUUGCUUUUCUCAAGACGGCACUAAAGUUUGCAUACUGCCUACAGGUUCAGUUCCGACAAACAAACAUCUUGUUGAAUUAGUUGAAAGUGUGAAACCUCAUAUUAGAAAACUUGUAGAGGAUUCCAACUUGAUGAAAAUGUGGAUAUCCUUUAUGAUCCCAAAGAUAGAAGACGGCAACAAUUUCGGAGUUUCUAUUCAAGAGGAUACUUUGGCUGAAGUUCAAUCAGUUGAAUCUGAAGCUGCAGCCUUCUUCGACCAGAUUUCUAGAUAUUUCAUCUCUCGAGGAAAGCUGAUCUCCAAGGUUGCAAAGUACCCUCAUAUUGAAGAUUAUCGUCGAGCUGUUGAGGAAUUGGACCAGAAAGAAUAUCUAAGUCUUUGGCUGACCAUGUCAGAAAUCCGAAACAGGUACUGCUCAUUGCAUGAUAUCGUUGUGAAGAAUUUGGAUAAAAUUAAGAAACCUCGGUCAAAUAACGCAUCUGAAUCCUUGUAUUGAUCGAUAGAGAAAAUAAACUGCAUCUUCAUUUCUUUGUAUUGGUUAUUACAACACAUUUUUUUAUAAAAUAUUUUCUAAAUAAAAUAAAUUAUGAUUUU